AUGGCUUCGUCCAAGGGUGAUCUUGCUGGGCGAGUGCGAGUGGAUGAUGGGCCCGAUGGACUGGCGCUGAUCGUAGAUGAGACUGUCGCAUCCCUGUCCUCCAAGGAGACCAAUCGGUCUGCCUUGGUUUGGGAUGCCUUAGCCUUGCCAGUCCUGGCAACUACAGAGAGGCCUUCGGUGUUGAUCUUGGGCCUGGGGGGCGGCACAGCUGCGCGGGCGCUGAGGCGCCUGAGACCCGAGGCGCAAAUCGUUGGAGUCGAGUUGGAUGCUGAGGUGAUCCGAUUGGCCAAGAAACACUUCGACUUGGACGCCUUGAAAGUUGAGGUGAUCCACCAGGAUGCCUUGGAGUUCUUGCGAAAGGACCGGCGCCAGUUCGAUCUGAUCCUCGAUGAUGUCUUCGUGGGCUACGCCCGCAGCAUCCACAAGCCACGUUGGCUUCCACGUCCCGGUUUCCGCCUGGCCAAGCGACGCCUCAAAGAAGGUGGCGUUCUGGUCUCCAAUGCCUUGGCUGAAGCAAAGUAUCUGCAGCGAGGCAUGCAAGAGCUCUUUCCCGGACUCUUACGACUGCGAGUGCCAGACUUUGAGAAUCAGAUUUUGGUGGCUGGACAGCUGGCUGCCUUGGAAAUUCUCGAGCAGGCUUCAUCGAAACAACUGAACGGCAUCAAGGUAGAACGUCCAGGAUCCGUCGGCACGUUGCUUCCGCGGAGUAUCACGGACUCACGCUGGCUCCGCCUGGCUCGCCUGGCCGUUUCCCUGACGGCGGCGGCGCUGUGUCGGACACGUUUUCGGCGUUCAGAAACGAUUCACCGUUGCUGCGGUGGUGAGUCAACCUGGACAUGUCAUGGGAAUCCCACGGGAAUCCCAUGA